ACAGACGUUCCCCUGACAUCAUCGACACACUGCUGGUGAAGCAUCAACAACAACAACAUGAGAAUAAUGAUAAUUCCAGUAGUGCUUGUCCUGUCUGCAGCCUGUGUCCCUGCCCUCUGCAGCAAAGGGGAGCCUCCCGUUGUCCAGCCCCGGGCUCCGACUGAGACACGCUCCCACUUCGCUGCCCUGGAUGAUGUGCGUCUCCUAGCCAACGGCCUCCUCCAGCUGGGCCAGAGCCUACGGGAGUUUGUGCAGAGGACGAAGGGACAGAUAAAUGACAUCUUCCAGAAGCUCAACAUCUUCGACCACUCCUUUUACCAACUGUCGGUGCUCGCCAGCGAAAUCAAGGAGGAGGGCGAAGAGCUGAAGAAGACCGCUGUGGUGCUGAAGGCCAACAACGAGGAGAUCAAAGGCCUGUCCUUUCAGAUCAACUCCAAAGUGGAGAACAUCCUGCAGGAGAAGAGUCAACUGCAGAACAAAGUGGAGGGCCUGGAGAAGAAGCUGAGCAGUCUGUCCCACGGAUUGGUGACCAACGAGCAAGUGGCAGAGAUCAACGGCCUCAGGGCUGUGAUCCACAGUCAGGAAAUGAGCAUCACUGAGCUGCUGAAGGCUGUGAGGGACCAGAGCGACCAGAUCAACUACCAGAGGGGCAAGAUCAAGAAUCUGGAGGAAAAGCUAACAGUUGACACAUUAGCCCAAGAGACCAUUGAGAGGAUGCCUGAGACCUUCAACACGGAAGCUCCAACACUCAGCCCUUUUCUGAACUCAAACUACACAGGCACAAUAAAUCUGUCAUCAGACUGCAGCCAGCUGUUCAACAGAGGGGAGCGAGUCAGUGGCGUCUACGCCAUCAGACCCAAGGGAUCAGAGCCCUUCAUAGCCUUUUGUGACAUGAGCAGAGAUUAUGGCUUAACAGUCAUCCAGCGACGGAGGGAUGGUUUUGUGAAUUUUGACCAAACCUGGGAGAAGUAUGAAAACGGGUUUGGGGAUUUUCAAGGAGAGGUUUGGCUGGGUCUCAAGAAGAUUCAUGCUCUUGCCUCUCAGGGCGCCUCCAUCCUUCACAUCCAGCUGGAAGACUGGAAACAGAGCAAAUACUUCAUCAAAUACAAAUUUAACCUCGAUGGUCCAGAGAGCAACUACACCAUUCACCUCACGCACCUGUCUGGAGAUUUGCCAGACCCCAUGGGCAACCAAACCGGCAUGAUGUUUUCCACCAAGGACAGGGACAAUGACAACCACCAGGACUUCAACUGCGCCCACAACUACACAGGUGGAUGGUGGUUCAAUGCCUGUGGAGACACCAACCUAAAUGGCAGAUAUUUUCCUAUGAGACCAAAGGGGCGUUCAGAGCGUAGGAGGGGAAUUCAAUGGAAGACUGGUCGAAAAGCUUCCUACUCAUUCAAGCUCACGGAGCUCUCAGUGCACACAGUGGCUCCACCAUCCUCCACCUCAUCUGCCUCUGAGUCAAGCGUCUCUCUCUGAUCCAGCACCAAAAAAUAACACUAAAAACAAACCAGCAUCAAACAGUGGCCUCUGCAGGACAGACUUGUCAGUGCUUCUCGUGGGGCAGCUGUGGUUUUUAAAGGCUAAGGGCAGGGAGGAAACUGACGAGUCCUAAAAGAUAAAAAUCCGUCACAUAUGACAAGUUCUACAAUUCUGAGUGCUCCUCUGUCCUAAAAAGAUAAAAGUAUGGGUUACUGCCAUUUGCCAGGACACUGGGCAUGUAGUCUCUAAUAUCAUAUCGUGGAAAAUCCAAAUGUCAUGGGCAAUCUAAAAUACAAUUUAUCACAUUUAGCUUAUUGGUAAGAAUAAAUACAUCUUCAUUCACACUCAUAUCUCAGACAUCAAAGGGGAUGGAGAAGGAACUAGAACACAAAGCCAUAUAUGAGCAGGUUUAUAUUGGGUCACAUUGACUCACAGUGUACUGCAGUGGUUCCAAUAGGGGAGGUGGGGCCAAUUGAGGGAGUCACAAGAUACAUACAAGGAGUCGGGAGGGAAUUAACACUGAUAGCUCAGAUCUUUUCUUUCAUUGUCUCAUUUAUGGGAAAUACCUAACAGAUUUAUCCCCUUUGUCUUUUAGAAAUUAUUAAAAAGUAGAUAUCUAAGUUUUUAUUGAUGGACCUGCUUACAAUAUAACAAGUGCAAGUGACAGUUGGGGUCCCA